AUACUCUCAGGCAUCAUAUUCAAAUCCGUCCUGCAUAUUCUUCUUACAAAGAAAAAACAAUGGGUUUUCGUCUUCCUGGAAUCAAGAGAACUUCAUUUGCUGCAAAACCGACGUCUUCGAAAUCUGGUGAAGUGCCAAAGGGUUAUCUCGCAGUAUAUGUUGGAGAGAAAAUGGAGAGGUUUGUGAUCCCUAUAUCAUAUCUGAAUCAACCUUCGUUUCAAGAGUUGUUAACUGAAGCUGAAGAAGAAUUCGGGUUUGAUCAUCCAAUGGGUGCCCUCACUAUUCCUUGCACAGAAGAUGUUUUCCUAAAAGUCUCUUCUCUCUGUAGGUGCUAGGUGACAAAGACAAGAUUAGAUUAGUCCGCACAAUUUUGUAAUCCUUUUGGUUUGUGGAGAUUUUUGUUAUUUUUCUUCCCCUAUACGGGAAGUGAAAAAAUUGUUAUCUCAAAGGGAAGUUGAUGA